AUGCACCUUCGUUCGCUAUUGUCUCCCGGCGCUGCCCUCGUACUGGUUUCGUUGGCGGCUGCAUCAUCUACUUCAGACGUUAUUCGCCUGACCGCGCUUUCUUUUGAGAGUAUCGUCCCCACAGAACCACUCAUUCUUGUCAAAUUCUGCGCCCCUCGGAGUAGCCAUUGCAAGGCCCUGACACCGCACUACGAGCAGGCUGCGACUUCGUUGAAGGCCAACAAUAUUAAGAUCGCCGACGUCGAUUGUUCGGAGGAAGCAGAUUUCUGCGAGGCGCACAGAGUCCAGGGCUACCCGACGCUGAAGGUCUUCCGACAUGGUUCCUGGGUCGGCGAUUACACCGGACCCCACCACGCUGAGGGUAUCAUCAGCUACAUGCUCGAGCAAUUCCUGCCAGCAGUCUCCAAAGUCACAGCCGAAAACCACCAAGCGUUCCAAGAACAGGCUGGCGAUAGCACGAAAGUCGUGGUCAUAGCCUAUCUCAGCUCCCCGACUGAAGCACCCGCAGAGACAUUCAUCGCGGUCGCAGACAACCAUCGUGACCAGAAUUAUGUCUUUGGCCUGACCACCGAUAGCGAUGCAAUAGACGCAGCGGGUGUAACACCGCCCGCUAUCGUGGCUUACCGCAGCUUCGACGAUCCCAUAACCGAAUACCCCCUCCCCGUCUCGGGCGCCACAGCCGCCGAAUUGGAAGAAUGGAUAUCCGACCUGUCCACCCCCCUCAUCGACGAACUCCGCGCCGAAAACUACGCUGCGUACGCGAACAGCCCGAAGCCCCUCGCCUACCUCUUCCUCGAUCCCCACGCGUCCGACGAAAGGAAGGACGCGCAUGUCGAAAGCAUGCGGCCCAUAGCGCAGAAGUACAAAUCGGAACUCAACUUCGCGUGGAUGGAUGCCGUUCCAGUUGGGUUUGGCGAUCACGCCGGGGCGUUGGAUUUCGAGCACGCGGAAUGCAGGGAAUUCGUGACGUCAGCGUCGGCGGAGGGCUGGCUGCAGCAGCUCCUCGAAGGCGGGCCCCCCGAGCCGAAGAGCGCGCCGAUCCCCGAGACGCAGGAGGAGCUGGUGUUCACGCUGGUGGCCAAGCAAUUCGACGAGGUUGUCUUCGAUGACUCGAAGGACGUCUUCCUUGAGCUGUACACCACUCAGUGUGAGGAGUGCGAGCGCAUGAAGCCCGCUUGGGAAGCCCUCGCCGAGGAGUACGCGCCCCUCAAGGAUACGGUCACCAUCGCCAAGAUGGAUAUGCAGGCGAACGACCUCCCGCCCUCGGCCCCCUUCGCUGUCACCGGGUUCCCCACCAUCGUGUUCAAACCCGCAGGCACGCGCACGUUCAUCGAAUACGACGAGGACCGCACGCUGGAGGAGUUCAUCGUGUUCGUUGAGAUGUACACGGGAAAUGGGGCUGAGGUCCCCGAGGAGGAGCCCGUCGUUUCUGGAGGUGGAGACGUUGUGCAGGUGCUGCUGGGUGCUGAGACCGGAGAUCUGAGAUCUGAGGCCUGA